AUGAACAGCAGCAUAGCAGUAUUACUCAGCGUUAUCAUCAUCGUUCUAAUCAUCAUCACCAUCAAACUCCUUCGUCACAUAAUCCGCCGUCACUUUUCCGACACCACCACCGCCACGACAACAUCACCACCAUCAUCAUUAUCAUCACUACCACCACCAUCGCCACAACCACAGAUCAUUCACUCACCAUCACCGCAAAUCCGUACUCACUCGCUCAGGUUUCUAUUUAACAACCAGAUCUCACCAACACCUAAUCCCCAAUCAGAUCAACACAAUCAGGAGCUUAUAAAUUCUCUACCUACUUUCAGAUUUGAAUCAAUCAAAGGAACUCGUCAAUCUUCUUCUUCAAUUUCUUCAUCCGAAACAGCUACGGCGACGGCGACGCUUGAUUGUGCGAUUUGUAUUUCGAGAUUUGAGAAACAAGAUCAAUUGAGGUUGCUUCCGAGUUGUUGUCAUGUAUUUCAUUCUGAUUGUAUUGAUCAGUGGAUUUUGCUGUCGAAUUACAAUUGUCCGAUUUGCAGAUCUGUUGUGAAACUUUCAGUUGACGGUGAAGAUGAUGAUGAUGGAGAAUUGAAGAUGAUUUCGUCGUCUUCGAGGAGUUUCAGGAUUGAGAUUGGAAGUGUGAGUCGGAGUAGUAGAAUCGAGAUUGGAAGUUUCUCUGCUACUGCAAGUGAUUUGCAGAAUCGGUCUUACUCGCUUGGAUCGUUUGAGUAUUGGGUUCAGGAUUUCGAUGCUGAGGUUUUCGUCGAGUUGGAAAGGAUUAAUGAGAAUCGAGCUCAAUCUGAUGAAGUUUCAGUUUCUGUUGGUGGCGCUGGUGGUGGUGAUGUUGAGGAAGCGGCGGAGAUUGUAAUUGAGAAUCCAGUUCGAGCUGAAUCUGAUGAAUCUGCGUCUUAUGCUAGAUCUCUGUCUUAUUCUUUGCAGUUUUCUGAUAGGUUUCAUGGCGGAAAUGGACUGAGGAGUGGUGGUGGAAUGGAUGAAGGCGGCGGCGGCGGUGGUCGAAGGGUUUGGGAUUUGGAGGGAAAUCGAUUCGGGGAAGAAAUUUCUGGAUUCUUUGGUUUUCUCUCGAGGGCAUAA